AUUUCAGUUUCAUUUUGAACGCCGUGCGCUGAGAACGUGGACGUACUGCCGGUCUCGCUCUGUGUCUCUCGGUCUCUUGCCCCUCGGCUCGCCUCGAGUCGUAGCCAAACGCGUGUGAACCAAAAGAAAUAAUAAUACUUUUUUUUGUUUGUUGAAUGGUGGCAUUAAACGGAACCCAACCAAAGAGCAACGUGAAAACCAAAGUGCUAAAUGUUCAAUGAUUGAAAUACGACACCUACAAAAUAAUAAAUCAGAAGGAAAAAAAAGAUAGAAUACAAGUGAAAAAUCAAUGUGAAACAAAGUAAAUGAUAUUGUAAAGGCAAACGCAGAGAGAAAUCAACUAAAUGCCAAAGCGAGGCGAGGCAGCGGCUGAAAAUUGAAAUACAAAACUGACAUCGAAACAAAAUAAAAACAAAGCAAAAACAAAAAAAAAACCAGAAAUCGUGAAACGAAAGAAGCGACUCGACCGACACCCACACCACUCCCCACCCACCCACCACCGCCACCACCACCACCCAAACAAAUAUUGAAUGCGCGUGAGUGAGGACAAAUCCGAAAGCAGGUGUUUAAUACUCUCGGCUAACAACACAACACAACACUGGCGGCACUGUCUAUAACACUGGAAACAUGUUGCUGAGACGCUCGCCACACAGCGGCAUCCCCAAGAAGUCGCCGGGGGGUCGGACGCCAUCGCCAUCGUCAUCGCCAUCGCCAUCGCCCUCGCGGCCAUCUUCACACCCAACGAUGCCACUGCAACUGCAACUGCUGCUGCUACUAUGCCUGGCAUUUGUGGGCCAUGUCAGUGCACAAUUUGAUCGGACUAUCAGUGAACAGGAGAGCAAGUCUGUGGUCCUUCCCUGUCCCGUGAAUGAGGAAAAGUGCGGCAAGCUGCAUUCAUUGAAUUGGUUCAAAGGCGACGAUCGCAUUGCUGCCAUGCUGCUCGGCGAUAGCAAUGUGACGAGUGUGAAUAAAGAAUUUGAGGACAGAGUAACUGUUGAACAAAAUCCAUACAGACUAGUUAUUAAGGACCUGAAAAUAGGUGAUGAGGAUAUUUAUCUAUGUGAUACAACAUUUUUUAUACCAGAAGAAACGUGUGAUAACUUCAACGGAUAUCGAGUGGAAUUGAGAGUCUUAGAAAACAUUGUGCCACCCACUGAGGUUGUGAUUUUGGAUGCAAAGGGCGAUCGCAUCGAGAACGGCAGCGUGGUGGGUCCCAUGCAGGAGCGGCAGGCCCUGAAGGCCACUUGCACCGUGAAGAACACCCGGCCCCAGCCAGAUGUCGGCUGGUUCCGUGGCACCAAGCGCCUGGCAACAUACUCUCCCACUCAUGAUUUGAACGAUGGCCUCUACACUUCGACCCUGGAGUUGGAUUGGCAAUUAUCCCGCGAGGAUCUGGCUCAGGACAUAGAAUGUCGCGUGGAAUCCGCGGCCAUAAAGUCCACGAUUGUUACCAAAUUUAGCGUGGACUUGCAAGUGCGGCCGACGAGCAUACUCAUCAAGGGAGUGGAACAUCAUACGGUGCAGGGCAGCAAAGUAGUGCUGCAAUGUGACAUUCACGGUGCUCGCCCGGCUGUUAACCUCACGUGGUACAACACAACCUCGACUAUCAGCGCAGAGGAGAAUGAUUUAACUGAGAUUCGGACCAAGGCGUUCGAGAAGGAGGAUGGCACCUAUCACACACAAUCAGAGCUCGUGUUCAAUGCCUCACGCUUCGAGAACGAUCGUGUCUUCAAAUGCGAGGCCGAAAACAUUGUCCUGCAAAUCAACAGAGAAAAGCCAAUCGCAUCGUCUCUAACACUGGAAGUGUUGUAUCCUCCCGUCGUCAAGGUCAGUCCGCCUGAAAUGGUCACCAAUACCAGUGAAAUAGUCCUCCUGAACUGUGAAUAUUUCGCCAAUCCUGCAUCUUUAACCCAAGUUGUAUGGUACCGCAACGGCGACAUUGUCAAUGUGAACGAUACGGAUCACUACCAAGGCGGUAAUUCGGAAAAUGUGGCUCUGGUAAUCAAGUCCACCGAUAAGGAGGACGUUGGCAACUAUUCGUGUCAGCUAUCGAACUCGAUUGGCAAAGGCAUAUCGGAGCAGCAGAUAGAUCUUGAUGUCCAGUAUGUUCCCGUUGUGGAGGUUCUAAUGAUACCCGAGGGACCUGUGAAGGAAAGCGACGAGUCGAAUGUCACCCUCUUUUGCAAUAUUUUAGAGGCAAAUCCUUCAGUUCUCACGAAAGUGCGAUGGUACGCCAAUGCCACGCUGCUCAAGGAGCUGCCCGACUGCGAGGAAACUAGGGAGGAUCUGUGCCAUAUCGAUCCCAGUAAACUGUUGUUGGAAAGCAUCGGACGGGGAUUUUUCUACAAUUACUCCUGCGAGGGCUUCAAUGCUGCUGGCUGGGGUCCACGCAGCGAAGAGAAAGAGCUGAUGGUACACUACGAGCCAGGACCUGCUACCCUUACGCACUUUCCACCCAUUGCUGUGAAAAAGAAGAGCGUCAUCUUCUCGUGCUCUGUGGACGAUCCGGGAUACCCGGAAUCGAAUAGAUAUCGUUGGCUGCGCGGCGGUCGCGGUCCGCUGCAGGACAUUGUCACCAAGGACUGGACGGUGGAACCUGUUGGCCUCGACAGUCGGACCAACUAUUCCUGCUAUGCGUACAACGAGGGCGGCAAGGGCGUAAUGGCCACAGUCAAUUUGGAGGUACACGCACCGCCAUUUUUCAUCAAGAACCUGCCACAGUAUACGGGCGUGCUGCACUCCACCCGCAAUGCCAAUCUAACCUGUCGCAUCGAGUGCGUUCCGCGCUGCGAGAUAUCCUGGCAGAAGGACGGCACACCCAUCGAGAAGAACGAUACCCGCUACUUUGUCAAGGAGAAGUACAUGGACGCCUCGCCGGCAACCGGCGACUUUGAGAGCAUGCUAUCGGUUUUGCACUUUAACAUGUCGAAUUGGGCAAAUUCGAAAUUCGAUAUCUUGGCGGAUAGUGCCAACUACACGUGCGUCUCGACGGCCAAUUCUGUGGGACCUGGCAUCAGGAGUGGCACCUAUUUGGGCAUUGAAUAUGCACCCAUCAACACAACCGUCGCGAAUGCCACCGUCUAUGUGCAGGAAGACACCAUUCCGGGACGCGUCAUCUGCAAAUCAUUUGGUAAUCCAGAACCUUCCUAUGAGUGGCGGUUCAAGGACAAGACGAUAACGAGGGGCAGUGCUCUGAUCAUCAAUACUCCCAUGCAACGCAACGACAACGGCACCUACACCUGCGUGGCCUUCAACAAACACGGCAAGAGCACGGCUGAAACCGUCAUCGAAGUGCAGUUUAAGCCGCGCUGCGAAAUCGAGAGACGGGAGAUCGACGAUCAGGACACUCUGAUUUGCACAGCAUUCGGUAACCCCGUGGAGGCUGAUUUUUCAUGGUCAAUUAAGGCGGAGAACGAAACUGUUGAAUAUUUGGGCAGCGGCGACGAGAAGUCGUUUGCGGACAAGAGCUUUUAUGUCCUGCAGGAGGACUAUGCCAUUGCCAGGACCUACAGAUGCGUUGCCAAUAACACGGUUGGAUCGGGUGCAUUCUGUGAAAUCGAAGUUGCUGUGCGCCCAAAGAAACAAUUGGCCUGGUGGCAGCGCUGGGAGAAGACGACGCUCAUCAUACUGGUUGCAGCCAUUCUGGGACUGCUGCUGGCCGUCAUUAUCAUUUGCUGUAUAAUCAUAUGCGUCUGCCGUCGUCGCCGGCGCCAGGAUAAAUAUCACACGGAAGUAUCCAUAAGCGCCAGCCAAAGUGUGCUGUCGUAUCAGCCAGUAAUGCCGAAAGUGGGCGCGGCCCUGCCCAUUCUGGAUACGUCGGCUAGUCUGUUGCCGGCCACCUUGUCGGCGGCGAAUCGGCAGCACCAGCAGGAGCACCAGCAGCAGCGGCAGCGGCAGCAGGUCCAGCAGCAAAUACUGGCAGUGGCCGAAACCGAAACCGAGACCGAGACCGAGAAUAACAAUGAGAUCUUAUCCACGCCCCCUCCUGUCACGCGCUUCAAUGGCAAUGCACCCAAAUCACCACCCCGCUGGCCACUCCGUCCGGGUGUAAUGCUCCACGUGAGCAGCGAUACCAAGGAGAAUCUGGCCGUGAAUCGGAUGACACUGAAGCCCCAUUCGAAUACGAGUGCCAGUGCCACUGCCAGUGGCAAUGUGAAUGUGGCCAACGCCAGUCAGUUGUCGGCCCAAUUGAGUGCCGUGUUGAACGAGAGCCAGACUAACUCCAACAGCACAAUGCUAACUGAGGUGACGGUGGUUACGGAAGCCGGAACGGGUCCGGGAAUAUGUCCGGGAGCGGAAGCGGGGAGCAACACUUUGGGGGCAGUGACGAGAUUGAAGGCUGAAGAACAUUUACCACCAACAGAUGAGGCAGAGACUGCCCCGGAGGGAGUCGCCUGCCUGGAGAGCCUUACAGAGGCACCAGCCCCAGCGGCAGCAUCGUCCUCGUCGUCGUCCUGUGCCAAUGCCAGCAAGAUGGAGCGCAUUCUGUCGUUUGUUUUUAAGAGGACCAAGAAGAAGUCAUCGGAUGAUGGCACCCGGGACAGCCAGCGUAGCCAUGUGGGGCUGUUGCAGACAUUCUGGCGGGGACGUGGUGGCCACAACGAUAGCACCACCUCCUCCCCGUUCGGAGCCCAGCAUAGGCUCAAGGGGAUACGUUGCAGUGGCAGUGUCACCUAUAAAAAGACGCCCGCAAAAUCAGCCACUAAUGAAACAACCACAAAAGCAGCCGCCCCAACGGCCGGAGAGACCGCGCCAGUGAAAAGUCCCAGCAGUGCCCCAUCACGUGCCUCUGUGACAUUUCAAGCGCCUUCAUUAGACAAGGAAACCGAUCCGGGGAAAACAAUAGCAACAACAGCAACAGACGUAGCCGGGAAGGCACUCGCAAUUCCCUCGCAGGGAGCCCAUUCUUCAUCCCAACCCGUCGGUGGCGUGCCGGCGACCUCAUCGCUCCUUCAGCAGCAGCAGCAGUCACCAUACGGUCGCAGUGGUCGGACGCCGCCGCCACGGCCACCGCCACCCACAUUGCCACUGAGGCCACCAGGCCUUGGCCUCCCACAGAAGGCACUGUUGAAAGGCACCAGCAGUCCGUUCAGCGGCAUUCCAAUCAGAGUCAGUUCCAGCUCCCUGCCUCUGGCCAAGCGAAGCAUACUGGUCUCCUCCAGCUCCCCCAGCAAGGUCGAACACGUCCAAAUACACGACAAGUCGUCUUCACUGGGGGAACCAUUGACGGAACCUGGCGAGUAUGAGAAUCUACCGUUUCAUGGUCUGCAAACGGCACCUAACAAGUUCUCUACUACCCCCACAAAUUUUAAUAACAACACAAAUGUGGUGCGCGUCGCUCCACGACCCAAGAGACUAAAUGGAAGUAUCAGUCAGCCGUCGAACAGCCAGCAACAGCAGCUGCAGCAGCAGCAUCAUCACCAGACUCUGCAGCAUCCUCAUCCACACCAGCAGCAACAUUACUGCGACCUGCAGCAGCAGCAGCAACAGCAGCAGCAGCAGCACUACAACCACCAGAAACCUGGACCACAAUACAGUACCAUGCACCACCUGCCAGCCCCACAUAAUCAGGACUCGGGCACACAUCAAGUGCAAUAUAAUUUGAGCAACUGCUUCCCCAAGAGCUACACCGAGUACUACCAGCAGCAUCAGCAGCACCAACAGAUCCAGAAGCAACAAUUACCACCGGCCAUGGCCACGACCCAGCAGCAGCAGCAGAAGUUCAACACCAACUCCUCGUCGAAUGUGCAGCUCCUGAAUGCCAUCGAGCACGACUACCAGCCCACCUAUGCCGUGGUGGAGCGCGUUCCGGCACCGCCGCCGCCACCCGUGCCCAGCACGGCGCUGCUCAACACUAACCCCUUCCUGGCGGCCAGCAACUUCCGGAAGUACGAUGCAACGGGGGAGGAGCUGCACGGCAGCGUCAGCGGCAGCAUGCAGCGGGGCAAGAAGACCAAAGGAGUCGUGGAAAUGGACAAGAAGUUUUACUCUCUGAAGUUCCCGGGCGGCGGCGGCACCAAGGUCAAGAAGCCAGCUGCGUACAAUGGGAAUAUUAGUACUCCACUGGGCUCGACCACGUCCCCCACCUCCGCCACCGACUCAUCCUCUGCGUCGAAGUGCAAGCGACAUCAUUCCUUUGCUGGCAAUAGCCAUAGCGAUAUUGACUCCGGUGGCAAGCCCAUGCGGCUCUAUGAUCCGCCCGUCUACGAGAACGUAGCCGAGAAAUGCCACGUCGACGCGGCCAUGGACAUGGGCGGCGGCAGCAGCAACCUUCACACCAAUCCAAAUCUGGCCACUGUGCAGCUGCACACGCACUCUGGUGGAGGCGGAGGGGGAUCUGCUGUCGUCCAGCAGAAGAAAAAACAUCACCAUCGCCAUCACCAGCAAAAAAAUGAUCCAGGAGGUGGAGGAAGUGGCGCCGAGUUCCAGCUGAUGGAGCCCGAACGCCUCAGCAUCUACCGCAGCGACUCGGGUAUAUCGAACAGCUCCUACGAGUCGCAGCUGCCAUCCGGCUUGUCGCAGCAGCAGCACCGCCCGUCGAAGGCCCACAAAUCAGGAGCAGGGGCCGGGGCCGGGGCAGGGACACUGGCAAAUGCCAGCGCAUCUGGUGCGCUGUGUCGGAAAACGGUCUACAUAAAUAUGGAGGGACAGUGUGCCGGCUUGAUUCAUGCGGACUCGCCGACACAUGUGCACUCGUCCUACGAGUCCGCCUCGUCCACCAGCCACGUUGGCGGCGGUGGCGGGGGCGGGUCGGCCCUCGCCGUGGAUCCAACAUCGCUCUCGUCCUGCACAUCGCUGUACAGCAGCGGCACCAGCGGCACAGCUGCCUCCCUCCGCUUUAGCCGUCACCAGCACCAGCACAAUCAAGCCAUGGCGAAUGAAAUCACGACUCCCGAAGACUUUGAGCAGUACCAGCUGGGCCACCAUCCGACGCACUCGGCCUCCACGCUCUCGGUGGCCAGCAGUCUCAAUGCUUCCGGAAGGGGAAAAUGCAAAGCAGGCCCACCACCCCAGUACAGUCCUCACGAGACCAACAAAACGCUGGCUACUAAUCCAUUUCUAGCCAAUAAACGGAACAACGGCGGCGUCGGUGGCGGCUGCCUCGGGAACAAGAAACUACGACGGCAAACCAUCAGCGACCCCUACGCACAUAUCAAACGGCGGCAGUACGAUGGUUAUGCAAACGCAGCAGCCGACUAUGAUGUCGACACCAAUAUUACCCGCAGCCACAAUUCAGAAGCCCCUAAUGCCCACGGUGAUAGCUGCCCCACCAAAUCUGCGUCAGUUGAAUCAGCAGCAACAGCAACGUCAGCAGCACGCCAGCAGCAAAUUGGCAACAGCAACACGGGCUUUAGCCACAUCAAGAUCGGGAAUGGCGCCAGUGCCAGUGUCAGUGCCAGUGUCAGUGCCAGUGCAAGUGCCAGUGGAGAACAUCAAGCACAAUUGCUAAUGCCCAAUGAAUUGCUGCUGCAGGCAUCCCGAUUAGGUUCUUUCGCCACCGUCGACAAUUUGAGAUAUAUACCGCCGCUGACUCCGGUCAAUGGUCCACUGCGACGGCCCCUGGCGGAUGGCGGGGCCUAUGACUGUCUGGUGGUGCGACGUCCAAUACGCCUGCCCCUGCGUAAGCACCACACCUUCCAUUUUCAGAGCAACCAGACGGCCAAUGGGCGGCUGCAACAGCUGCGCCAGCAACUGCAGCACCAGCAGCGGGAGAGGGAACAUUUAGAGCAGGAUGUGGGCUCUCUGGUGUAUCGUCCAUUGGCUCUAAAUGAGCGGCAUGCCUUCAAGCCAAUUUCACCAACUCCUGCCAUGGCAGCUGCUGGGCCAGAGGAGGCAGAAGAAUCAGAGGCACAGGAACAGCAGCAGCAGCAGCCACAGCAGCAGCCCCCUGGUACAACUGGACAACUAAAUCCCGCCGCCUCAUUAGAGGCAUUAGAGCUUCUAACUAAAACGCAUCCAGACUUUAUGUUCCCGCGGUCAAGCUACCCACAGAACGAGCCCACCACGGAGGAGGGAAUAGAAUUAUCUGCACGGCCAUCAUCAGCACAAGGGACGGCGGAGGUGGAGGCAGAGGUGGAGGAAGACGAGGAUCUGGGCUACAGCUUCUGCGAAGAGGAGUACAUGGUGGACAACGAUAACGAUAACGAUGAUGCCAGCAGCCUGCAAACAACCACAGCACCGACUAACACCCCAGUCCGUAGCUCAAACCAAGAAUCGGCGAUUGCCAAUGCAACUGCAGGUGCACUAAAGUAUUUUAUGACCCAAAGCUAUCGUGAAGUUCACAUUUAGAAGGCAAAAAUAUUGAAAUUCACCAAAGAAAACAGGCCUACGCGACGCAUACAAGGUAUUAACUAUUAUAUGAAAGAAGGACAAGUGGAAGUGGACGGAGAAGCGGGAGUAAAAUUCACUUAGAUUGUAAGAUCAACAUAAUUACUGCAACAUUUAUAAGCUUAGCAAACCGAAAAAAGUGAAAUAUAGUAGGGAUUAAGUUCGAUAGAAGAAAUAAUAGUAAUAUCGGCGUAACAUUAAAGGAAUAUGUCCGAAUUUUUUUUGUUUCGACUUAAUUUGAAAAUCAUCCGUGGAUCGUAUAAAUAUAACAGCAUAGAAAACAAAUAGGAUUAACAAAAGGGUGGAAUCUUCCUACUCGCACUAAUUGUAUAUACAUAUAGAUAUUGACAUUCGACAUAAAUAUCAUUAACAUUAAGGUUUAUUAUUCUCAAUAGCAAAAACAAAAGCAAAACCAAUGCAAACCCAAAUGCAAAUCCAAAUGCAAAUGCAAAUGCAAAUACAAAUAAAAUUACAAAACCCAAUGCACUUAGCCCCGUCUAACAAAAUAACCGAAUCGAAUCACACAACCAAAUAUGCAUUUAUUUAGUUGGCGCUAACUAUCGACAUAAAAUACAUACAUGUAUAUCAAUCGUUUUUUUGUCUAGCCUAAGCAAAACGUGGAUUAGAUAAGUUAAUUAAGUACUCUAGUACUCUAGGAAAAUCAGACUGUGUGUGUUAAGUUUGAUAGUCAUGUGUAUAAGGUUUUUU